AACGUGCACGCAUUCUAAAUUAGCCUCCACUAAUGUAUACUAGAUAUCAACAAAAUCCACAAAACUAAUUUAAUCGUGAUGGUGGAUGAACAUGUGAAAUUGGUUCCAAUAGCCAAUGUAGGAAGGAUAAUGAAACAAAUCUUGCCACCAACAGCCAAAAUCUCCAAAGAAGCAAAGGAAACAAUGCAAGAAUGUGCAUCAGAAUUUAUAAGUUUUGUAACAGGUGAAGCAUCUGACAAGUGUCACAAGGAGAAUCGAAGGACGGUUAAUGGAGAUGACAUCUGUUGGGCUCUUAGUUCAUUGGGAUUUGACAACUAUGCAGAGGUCAUGUUGAGGUAUUUGUAUAAGUUGAGAGACUUUGAAAGACAAAAGGCCAAUCAGAACAAAGGUUCAAAUGACGAAGAAGAUACUGAUGAUGAAGAAGUUCCAAGUGAAUGUGAAAAACAAGAAAGUGCUACUACUUCUUCAGCACCAUUAGAGUUCAAUGUAAUGGAGAGGGGGUGCAAAUUAAGCUUCAGUUAAUAUGAACUAAAUGAGACCAUUUCUCGAUUUGUGCAAUAUGUCAUGCUAAUCUUCUCUGUAUCGUUCAGCUCUAUGGAGUUUUUGUCAGGUGUUUCUAUUUCUUUGUCCCUCUUUUUUGUUUUCCUAGAGAAAGAAAGUCAGCAAGUAGUUUAUGCGAUUUGGACAUUUUGGAAAAUAUAUAU